CUCUCUCCCUCUGCCUCUCUGUCUGCAGCUCCCUCUAGUUUCCUGCUCUUCAGUCAAAAGGCCAGUAUCAGCAGGAUGGUUUUGGGAGAGCAGAGUCCUGACAUCAUCCUGCCCAUCCAUGUCCUGAGGAACGUGCGAGCCGUCAGCUAUGACCCGCUGGACCGGCUGGUCUACUGGCUGGAUGGACGACAGAACAUACGCAGGGCGAGAGAUGAUGGAGCCAUGUCCAUGAUAGUGAGCAGCACUGUUCAGCCAGUGGACAACCAACUUCACGACCUGAGCUUGGACCCCUACAGCCGCCACAUUUACUGGACCUGUGAGACAACCAACACCAUCAAUGUCCAGAGGAUGGACGGACACACCGUGGGUGUGGUCCUGAAGGACGACACAGACAAGCCCCGGGCCAUCGUGGUCAACGCUGAGAAAGGGUACAUGUAUUUCACCACAGUGCAGGAGCGCUCAGCCAAGAUUGAAGGAGCCAGUCUGGACGGGACAGAGAGGGAAUCUUUGUUCACCACAGGUCUGAUCAGACCAGUAGCUCUGGCUCUGGACAACAAACUGGGAAAACUGUUCUGGGUUGAUGCCGACCUCAAAAGAAUUGAGAGCAGUGACCUGACAGGAGCCAAUCGCAUUGUCCUCCAGGAUUCCAACAUUCUCCAGCCAAUGGGGCUGACAGUUCUGGGAGAUCAUCUGUACUGGAUCGACCGGCAGCAGCAGAUGAUAGAGAGGGUGGACAAACUGACUGGAGACGGACGGACACGCAUACAGGGAAGGAUAUCAUACCUGACCUCCAUCCAUGCUGUAGAGGAGAUGGACCCACAGGAGUUUGCAUCCCACCCUUGUUCCCGUGACAACGGGGGCUGCUCUCAUAUCUGCAUCGCUAAGGGUGAUGGUACACCUCGCUGCUCCUGUCCAAUGCAUCUGGUGUUACUGCAGGACCUGCUGCGCUGUGGAGAGCCUCCCACCUGCUCCACAGAGCAGUUCACCUGCUCCACAGGGGAGAUCGACUGUAUUCCUAUGGCCUGGCGAUGUGAUGGCUUCUCUGAAUGUGAAGACGGCAGCGAUGAGGAGAACUGCCCCGUCUGCUCAGCCUUCCAGUUCCAGUGUGAUAAAGGAGGCUGCAUUGAUGCUCAAAGGCGCUGCAAUGGUGAACCCGACUGUGCUGAUAACUCUGACGAGCAGGACUGUGAAACUAUCUGCCCUCCUAACCAGUUCCGCUGUGGUGACAACCAGUGCAUCACUAAGAAACAACAGUGUGACAAUUACUCUGACUGUCCCGACGGAUCAGAUGAACUUGCCUGUGAAUAUGUGUCUCCUCCCUCCAGUGGCAUCCCCAAUACUGGGCCUAACACCAUUGGUCCAGUCAUUGCCAUCAUCCUGCUUGUCUUUGUGAUCGGGGGAGCUUACUUUGUCUGUCAGCGUGUGGUGUGUCGACGCUACAAGGGCCCCAGUGGCACUUUUCCUCACGAGUACAUCAGCGGUACGCCCCAUGUGCCCCUCAACUUCAUUGCCCCCAGCAGCUCCCAGCACGGCACCUUCCAAGGUAUUUCCUGUGGGAAGUCUAUGAUGAGUUCAGUCAGCCUGAUGGGCAGCAGCAGCAGUGGAGCUCCUCUCUAUGACAGGAACCAUGUGACUGGAGCCUCAUCCAGCAGCUCAUCAUCUACCAAAGGAGCCUUCUACCCUCAGAUCCUGAACCCUCCUCCAUCCCCAGCUACUGACCGCUCUCUCUACAACACAGAGAUCUUCUACUCCUCCAACAGUCCAUCCACCACCAGGUCUUACAGACCCUACCACCCAGUCCGUGGCGCUGCCCCUCCCACUACGCCCUGCAGCACCGACGUCUGCGACAGCGACUACACCCCCCACCACCUGCCGGCUGGACUGGCUUCGUCAGCGGGCCGCUGGAAGGCCGCGGGCCACGGCAGCCACGGCAAACACAACAAGUACUACAUGGACCUUAACUCAGACUCGGACCCCUACCCUCCGCCCCCAACUCCCCGCUCUCAGUACCUGUCAGCCGAGGAGAUGCCCCCGUCCCCUUCCACCGAGCGCUCCUACUUCCACCUGUGUCCCCCCCCUCCCUCACCCUGCACCGACUCCUCAUGACCCUCCAACAGCCUCAGAGCCCUGUGAAGAAGGAACGGACAAAGUAUGCUCGCCUCACCCAGAACUGGCCUCAUCUGGCCCACUUUACCAGGGAAAGAACUCGUGUGCCAACUUCCAGCCCUGACCGGCUCACACAUGCUGCUUUAUAUCAGCUGGUUAGGCUCAAGUGCCUUAUUCAAGGUUCAUCUGUCCCGCAUUGGUCAUUUCAUCAUUCCAGUCAUCUGGGAGCUUUCUGGGUGACCAUCAUCUGAUCAGUUCUAUUUCUGUCUUCCAUGUGUCCUGCUCUCACAUUCACUCACUCGUGGCAGGUUGAAGGUUUGAGGCACUUCCUGCCUCCCUGCAGGACACAAAAAGGAGAUGAUGAGUGAGUACAGCCAGCAGCUCCCUCUUUAAUUUUCAUUCCAUCAGAAGAAGAAAACUUCCUUUGCUGGGCCACUUCUUGAUCACAAAAUUUCAAGAUGUCCAUCUGUCUAAAUAUAAGCCUAACUCCAGGUCUCCCCUAAACUCACUGACUGAGAGAGUCAGCACUAGGCACUGGUGUUGUGCGAAAAACCAUGAGUCCAAUGCCACAAAUUAUUGAAGCCAAGGCGUAGAAGGCAUGCGCCACAAAACCCAACCCCCAACACCCCCACCCCCCCCAGCCUCCCAUCCGUUUGUCCCCUCCUUCCUCACAGCGUCCUUGUUGGCAGACCAGCGGCAGGACUGUAUAUAGUGUUAAAAUAAUAUGAACAAAAAUAGAUAAGAGAGUAAUUAUUUUACUAUUUUAUUCAUGCUGGCUGAUCCACCACUCCACAGAAAACAAAGGACAGAUAGAUGAGUGGAUGUGUGAAUGAGUGACUGGAUGAUGAUGAAUGACUGGACAACUGUAUACGUGAGCAUAUGUGAAUGUUUUGCUUAUUGUAGGAAAUUAGAUAAAUUCAUAGACGAUGACUGAGUGAAUGUGUAGAAUUCUGAACGAAUGAGUGGAUGGAUGGAACAGGGCCAAGAUCAAAGUGUGAAAUCUUUUGUACAUUAUUUUGAAAUUGUGUCCCUCACUUUUCAAAUUGGGAAUUCUUUGUAGUUGGACACAGCAACUGUUUUUUUUUUUGUUUUUUUUUUUAAGUGGUAGAGCUUACUCCAAUCAUCAGGGACAAAUCUGGCAACAGUUCCUUCCUUAUCCCAUGAAAUCACCACGUGACUACAACAUACCAAAUGAAUAUCAACAUGUAAAGCUAUUGUACAUAUGUGUAAUGAAGUCAAUGAGUGAGUUGUGACAAAUGGAUGCUUUUCAUUGUGAAUCUGAACCUCUUCCAUCACCUUUUCUUUACUCUCAUGGUCCCGUUUACCAAAAGUAUGUUUGCUGCUAUUGUGUACAUACUAUAAUAGUUACUAUGACAUAUAAUUACACAGAAAGCCCAAAAUUACCACUCUCAUACUGACAGUAGAUCAUGAAGCUAUUUUACAGUUAAUAACAAAUUAUUCUUAUAGCGAUUUCUGUUAUUUGUAUUUCUGUUUGUGUGUAGAUCAUGUAUGUUUCUGUCAGUCACUAUGUCUGGUUUGAAGGAGUCUUUAUGGAAAAGAAAAUUGAAAGGUUGAAAGAGUUCCAGCUCAACUGAAGGUUUCGGUAUGCUUCAGAUAAAUCUGCUCCAGUCUCUCUCUGAGAACUGUGUCCUAUUAGAGUGUUUUUAUAAAGGAAUUGUAUGAGGCAAGAAAUUCACACCCACGCCUCCACACACCUGGCCAAUCACUGCCUAAAGUGGGCAAGAAAAGAUUUUAGACUCUGUUGGUUUGAAGCAUGCUGUGGCCUGGGGUUGUGCAGUUACUCACCUCCAGUAGAGUGGACCUGCUGUGACUGCUGUGGAGUUUGAAUGCUUUCCCACAUAAAAGAUCCUGCAGAAACCUCACCACUGCAAAAAUCUCAGUCAGAGGUUUAAAACUUUUUGCUCUGCCUGGGGUCUUUGCCACAGAUGUCUGAACAACUACUCAACAGUUUUCUGAUAUAGUCACUAAUGAUUUUUUCUGACCCCCUGACCUUUGCUCCUCAGAUGCUCAAUCUAACAGAUGAAGAAGCAGCUCUAAAAAUGAAGAGUUUUGAUUUUAAAGAGCAAAUGAACACUGUGUUUUAGUUUUAACAGCAGCCUUUCAGUUUUUCUAAAAAAAAAAACAUUCACAUGUAGAGCCCCCAGACUGAAUGUCACUUAGCUUUGUACAGCAGGGACAUUCAGUACAAGGCAACAUUUACUUGAUUUCCUCUUGAAAAUUACAAAACACUACCGUCUCAAUAAAAAGUAUAGACUGGGGCCAGAAUGUGACAGUGUAUUAAAGUCACCGUACUUACAAUUUAGUCUGAGUCCAAAUGGUUUUAGUGUUAAGUUAUCACCUUUCAGGACAAACGUUACAUUCCUGGUCCCACAACCAGUAAGGCUUUAAGAAUAUCAAAUGUGGAGUUUUUGUGCAGCAUGUUUUCUUAGUUACUUCCACCCUCAUGGUCAAAGAUUGGCUUUGGACGUUGGUAUAUUCAGUCUAUUAAUCCAGCACUUAGUAAAUAUCAACACAGGACCUAGCAACAAAAAGUGCAAAAACAUUUUAUGCACGUACCAAAAGAGCAUAACAUUAUUGUUUCCCAGGAAAUAAAUGAGUGUUUUUGAAGCAAAAGGAGAAUGUUUUUGGCUUUUCACCUUGGCUGUGGAGUUAAGACUUAAUAAACUGACUUUCGGUCAUGCUCACUAAAAUUGGAAAACAGUUUUAGGGUCAGAGACAGAUCUAGGACAACCCGUACCAUGCUGUAUCAUCUUCUAGAACCACUUUUGGGCAAAGGAGAACGCACCAUGCUUCCUUUAAGCUGGCCCUAUUAUUACAGUAAUGUGUGCGCUUCACAGGAGCAUCUUAUUUUAAUAGUACAGUGCCAGCAAAAUGUAAAGACAGAAGGCAAACUGUUGUCUAUUAGUGUGAUCCAGUCCUCUAAGCACCAAGUGGGGGUGAAUGUAGCCAUGAAAAGUGUCUCUUCCACAGCAGUCAGUGCUGGCCAUUGUCUAGUUUCCUGAUAGAAAACUAUACCAGCACUUUUUGAGGCUGGAACUUUCGGAACUUGCAGUGUGUUUGCUGUUGUCUGGUAAAUCCAUCUCCCGUCAAGGAACAUUACAGCUGAUGUCUGGUGACUAGUAUCAGAUGGAUUUCCAGCUAACAGAGCUGAAGGGGUGUCUAUCUGUGUCAGUGGGAACUCUGAGCAGCACAGCUCAUUCAUAUUAAGGGCUGUAGGGGCCCGGACCCAAACCACUGUGUCAGUAAAACUCCUUAAAACCCUGUAUUUGUUGUCUCAGCUAAAAAUGCUUUGUGUAAUUUACACUUGUGACAAUUUUUGUAUCAAAAGCAUUUUUAUAAUAAAGGUUCUAUUUUAAGGAA